UAAAAACCACAUUGCUUUUCCAUCCCUAGGAGGCAGCUUGGCACGUCGCUAAAUCACCUUAAAACAAAUUAAAUAAAUCAGAGACAACCUAAACACGGUCGAACAACGAAGAGAUGAAGACAGCAAAUCUGGUGGUAUUAGUCUGCUUCCUAGCAGGAGCCUUGCAAACGACACAGGCGCUGAAAGAGGAGGACUGCGAAGUGUGCGUCAAGACCGUAAGACGUUUCGGGGAUUCUCUGGACGAUGCCACGAAAAAGGACUACCGCAAAAUAGAGACGGCUUUCAAGAAGUUCUGCUCUGGCCAAAAGAACAAGGAACACAGAUUCUGCUAUUACCUCGGCGGACUGGAGGAGUCAGCUACAGGUAUCCUGAACGAGUUGAGCAAACCACUUAGCUGGUCCAUGCCAGCGGAGAAAAUUUGCGAGAAGCUGAAAAAGAAGGAUGCUCAGAUCUGUGAUUUGCGCUACGAAAAGCAAAUCGAUCUGAACAACGUGGACCUGAAAAAGUUGAAGGUGCGCGACCUUAAGAAGAUUCUCAACGAUUGGGACGAAAGCUGUGACGGUUGUCUGGAAAAGGGUGACUUCAUUAAGCGUAUCGAAGAGUUGAAGCCCAAAUACGCGCACGGCGAACUGUAAAUGUAAUUUAUAGAUACUUGUGUAGUUACAUGGAACACGCCCACUUAGCUAAAUCCUCAGCAACAUCAAGAACAGCAACAACACGAAACGCCCCACUACACAGCCGUAUUUUUAGUUAAUUUACAAUUUUGAUAGACUUUGAGAGAAUUGAUUAUAACUAUAUACCUAAAGAUAACUCUAUUUUGAAAUAAAAAAACAACAAACACA